AGCUUUGGCUUCAACAUCGCCUCCGCGCAGCCCUGCAGCCUUGCAGCCUUGCAGCCUGACGGCAACAUCUUCCUUCCGCUUGCCAUGGAGGUAACAGGUGCUUUGACUUUGACCAGGAGCGCCCCUGCUCCUGUUCUGGUGCCGGCGCGCCAGGCUCAUGGAUCGAGCUCCGGAGUCACCCAGUGGCGUGCUGCCGCCGCGGGCGUGCUGGGUCUGGCGGUGGCACAGGCCCGCAGGAGGCCCAGAUGUGCGCGGGCUGCGCAGUCCGAUGACCUCCGCGCCUUUCUGUUGGGCGAACCGGCGAAGGCACCGACGCCGGAAAAGCCAAAAGCUGCGCCAAAAGCUGCGCCAAAGCCUGCUGCAAAGCCAAAAGCGGCUGAAAAGCCAAAGGCAGCCGCCGAGCCCGCUGCGAAGCCCGCUGCAAAGCCAAAGGAAGCUGCCAAGCCCGCGAAGCCGGCGGCCAAGGCGAAGGCCAAGGCAAAGGCCAAGUCGGGGAAGGCCGAGGCAAAGGCACAUGUGAAGUCGGCCCUGACCGAUGAGAGCCCGGAGAAGAGCACCGGCUGGUCGAAGCUCUUGGAUACAUUUGCGACGGUGGACAAGGACGGCAACGGGCGGAUAAGCAAGGAUGAACUGAUGACAGCAGUCAAGGGCCACGGAGUGAAGGAGUCCGAGAUUCGGGAGGCUAUGAAGAGUAUCGACUUGGAUGAUGACGGGGAAAUUAAUUAUGCUGAGUUUGUGAAGCUGCUCAGGUGACAGGAACACAGCACCUGAAGGUUUGGAACAACGCUGUCAAGAGCAGUUUAGAGUCCAACAUGUUUGCUUUCAUGUUGAGUCCCUUUCGCAGCCCUUUGCAGCAAUAUGUGGUGUAGAUGGAGUGACUAUCGUUGGACUCUGCAAGUUCAUCCAGUGCGAC